AUUAUUUUGUUUGGAUCGUUUUGGCGUUGCGAAAUUAAAUCUCAAAAUUAGUAAUCAUGGCACAAAGGCUACCUCAUCGUAAUUCCAUGGACACAAUUCUUACAUUCGACAAUAGAGACAAUCAAAGCGAGUGGUCGGUGGAAUGGUCGACAUCGAACGUGCCUGGCAUGGACAUGGCGGCAGGCACGGCGCCACGGCGCGACCGCGGGCGGCGGCGCCUGCGGCUCAGCGCGCUUGCGCUCUCCUCCUGCCUCACCAUGCACUGUCGUGUCGUAGGACCCGCGCUCACCACCGGCCUCUUGUACUACCUGUUCUUGGUUGCGGCGGUCGUGCUCCUAGCCAACCCGCUGCGGCACUUUGAGGUGUAUCUUGGUCAGUGGAGCAUCAGCGGCCCGGGGCGCGCCUUCCGCGUUAUUCCUAUGCUUGAUGGUAUCGGCCUGGCAAUGUGCAUCACCUCUAUUGUACGUGCAAUCAACUAUUGUACCAUGGCUGCGAUAACCAUGCUUUACGUGGUUUACUCGACGUCAGAUUCUAAACUACCCUUUACUUAUUGCAGAAAUUGGGACUUACAACCGUACAAACCAACGAUAGAAAAUACUUCAGUCUAUGCGCUUUCGGGGAGGCGGUUUAUGGAGUGCAAUGAAAACAGUAAAAUUUGUAGAUACACAACCGUGGGGUUGCGCUUUCAUGCUUGGCGAGGAGAAGGAAGGUGUUGGAAUUUCGCCAAGAUGGUACACAUUUUCCAAGAUGGCGGCGGUUUCUCGAGGUCCCUAAAUGCCAAUUGCUCCUCAAAAGGAAUGAAGUUCGAAUUACUAAAAUGCAACGAGACAUAUCCUGGACCAUAUCCUUCUUUUUAUAGUCCUCCUCCUUACAACUACUUUUACUUGGAACUAGUUCGGAUGCCACUGACUUAUCACUUUGGUGCCUUCAACAUACCGUUGCUUAUAUGCCUGAGUUGUAUUUGGGUGUUAAUGUGGUGUCUUAUGAUUGCCGAACGCGUUACGCAUCGUAGGUUAGUGUGGAACAACUUGUAUCCCUGGAUUGUGGUUGUCCCGUGGAUCUGGGUGGUGUGUCUAGCCGUGGUGGCCUCAAUCACCGUGUCGACACCGAAGAGAGCUAUAAAGCAAAUUUUUACACUAGGCAAAACUGAUGUUUUCUCGGGUCUCACGGACGCCUUUGUAGUAUCACUCUACAUUCACUCCGCUGCCACGGGCACGGAAAUCAUUCAUGGCAAAGGGCUAAACCACUAUGCGUCGGGUCACAUUGACCCGCUUCUGAACGCUGAGAACGUGUGGCACUCGGGGAUCGUGCUAGCGUUGGCGGUGCUGCACGCCGCCGCGGCCACCGUCUGCGCGGUCGGCGACGUGUCCCACCUCGACGUGGCCAACGUUUACGAUACACGCGAGAGUAUUAUGUGGGUGAUACCCAUGUAUUCGAAAUGUACUGCGCAGGGUAACUAUUCCCAUGCAAUGUCUAGCAUAAUUUUUGGUGGUUUAACUUUUUCGUAUAUAGUGGUGGCCUAUACGUUAAUCAAGACGGCAUUACACACUAUCUUUGAAUAUAAAGUUAAAUUAGUGUUCGUGGAGCAACAGGUUGUGUUGGCUAUUAUCUGUUCUUGCUUCCUUCUGAGCCUGCCGUAUGCCACUACCGGCGGUCUAGCGCUAUUGGAGAGUGUGGACUCCCUGAUCACGGGAGUGGCCUUGCCGUCCGUGUGCCUGAUUGAGUUGGUGGCGCUCGUGUACCUGUACCGCAGCCCCGACUUCCGCUCCGACCUCAAUAUCGCCACCGAGGAGAGCACCUGCAACUCACGGAUUAGCACGUCGUGGACGGUUAUACCGGUUAUAGUGCUUGUGGUGUUAAUAGGCCAAGUCAUUUCGGUGAGUCACACGGAGCUGCCGUCGCUCGCUAUGUACAUAGCGCUGGCGCCGCUGCUGGCGGCGGCGCUGGCCGUGCCGCUGCGCGCCCUACACAACGCCAUCGUGUUUAACGCACCCCGCGCCGCGCCGCGCCGCGGCGUCUGACA